GUAAAGGUGGCAUGACUAGCCAAUCUGGGCUCGGCGAAUGUACUGGCCUGUAGCAGACAACAGAAGUGCAGCAGCAGCAGCAGCAGCAGCAACGGAGUCGGAGAAGCAGUGCUGGACGAUUUUUUUAGCAAGUCCGGACGGAACCUGCUCUGGCUACUGUCAAAACGACGGCCCGCUGACCAUCAAGCCAUUCGUGUGCUAGUAAGCAUUCAGACAGUGUUUUGGAAGGAUCGCGUUCUCUAUGAGUCCAUCAGUGGUUUCGGUGCCGAGCACUUAGUUGUCGGUGCGUGAGAGAAACCGCUUGGCAUUCAGCUUCCUCGGACAGCAAAGCCUUGCGAUGAAUUGCUAGUAGACGAACAUUGGGUCGAGUCAUCGACGGACUGCUGCGAUCCCGCUACUCGCUAGUGUUGGAUACUACACGCUGUGAUCCUCGCCACCUGGAUGAGUUCUGCGCCCCUAAGCGAUAGCUGCCAACCAAACGCGCUAGGUGUUGGUGUUCGCAGCAGAGCCGCGGGGCUGACCUGAUCUUGCAGCCUAAACGAGGCUAGAGAGCGGCGCGGAGCUGGGCUGUGGCAGUUGCCUUCCUCUCUCUCUGUUCCGCUGCAUCGCGGUGCACCUACGCCUAGGGUCGUCGUGUUGUGUGUAGAGUAUGCUGGGAAAGUCCGCAGAGUCAUCACCACCGACCAUGGCACAAUGUCUUCAGCCAAGAACAAAGAUCCCCCAAUACAGCGGCUGCAGCAGAUACACAGCAAGAAGAGCUGCUACUAGUGCUAGGAGCGGCGGUUGCUCUGAUUUCUGUUGUUCUUUGCUAGUCAGCAGCAGUAGAACUGCCAGUAGCCUUCCUAGUGUGCUGUACUGGUUCAUUGUAGCACUGGUGUUUCUUGAAACAAAACACAGCCAUCUUGUAGCGGCAGCAACAACCACAGUGUGCCGUCCAGUGCCUGCUAGUGCAGGCAGUGUGCCUCUGGACGUAUGUGCGUGUGCACCAGCAACUACAACACUGCGUCCGUGCAGCAGCGAUUGGCUAGCGUCGACGACGCUCGACAGCACGGAGCCGGUCAUGGAUCACCGGGGACAGGCCUGGACGCCGGGCGAUCGGGAAGAGAUCUCCGGCAUACACUGUAAUAUUUCCACGUUUCACGUGCGACUGGGUCGCGUCGUACGGAUCAAGCCGUGGACCGGCGGUACCGGCGGUCGUUUGGCUCUGGAGGUCACCGGCAAUGUUGUUAUCGAGGGUUCGUUGGAUGGCAAGGCCAGCGGGUAUCGCGGUGGCCCUGCCCGCAUUGGCGACACCGACACGAUUGGACACCAAGGUGAGAGCUAUGCCAGCAGCAGUGGUAGCAGCAGCAGUGGUAGUAGCCCCUCCACUGCAGCAAGCACCAGGAACGGCGGCGGUGGCGGUGGUGGGAAGCUGCGUGUCCUCAUUACCGGCUCGUUCUUCGUAACUGGCCGACCGGGUGCGGGAGCAGGCUACGGUCGUGUGGGUACGGACGGCACCUCCAUGGUACCGACAGACUUCUCCGAGGCCGGCAAUACGUAUGGUGAUUCAUGCCUUUCCUCCCUGUAUCCGGGCUCUGGCGGCGGUGCUGGUGCCAACUCUGCCCAGCCCACGCUAACACCCGAGGGCGGUCGCGGUGGAAAUGGCGGCGGCGCCGUCUUCAUCUUCUCCACGAGCGGCAACAUCUCCGUUGCAGCGGGAGGAUCAAUCCUGAUGGAUGGUGAGACGGGGGCCGGCGAUGGUAGUGUUUGCGGAUCCUGUCCGGCCAGCUGUGCCUUUCAGUCGGUCGGCGCUUGCCAGUCGAGCAACAACACCGUGUGUCAUGACUUUUCCGGAGCGGGCGGCGGCGGCUCGGGAGGUUCUAUCCACUUGAGUGCUGCAACAGUGGACAUACAAGGCAGCGUGGCUGCAAGAGGGGGCCGGGGUGGCGUCGGAGCCUUUACCUUGUCUGGCUGUGGUGGUGACGGCGGUGAUGGCCGUGUGCGGAUAGAUGCCAAUCGCAUAAUUGGCACUUCCAGCCCAGCUCGCGAGAAUGGCGAUGUAUUCUCGUUUUGCCCGUGCAAUGCUUCUGUCACUACGCCAAGCAUCAGCACUACGCCCAGUCCGACCGCAACGCCCAAUGCAGUUACAACAGCCAGGGUCAGCACCUCGCAAGCACCAUCUGUAUCCACUGUUGUUAGUGACACAGCCUCCAGAUCUGUUUCUGCAGUGCCAACACCUGGUGAAAGUGAGAGUGUUACUACGGCUGGCGAACAGCCAGGCAGUCUGCCCCGGGGCGUAUCUCUGCCUUCAGAUCAAAGCCCUACUCCGACAUCACUUAAUCCCAGCCAGGCUACCACUACGCACGCUGUAGAUGUGGGUGGAUUGAGCCAGGCAGCACUUUCCAUGUGGCUGGUCGGUGUCAUCAUCGCGAGUGCUUUGCUCCUCAUUAUCAAUUUGGUCAUGAUCGUCGCCUUCUGCAGAAUCAGGAGGAGAAGGAAAAGCCCAGUGUCUAUUCCGAAUAACCAAACCCCUGCCUUCGACACCUACUCGCCACCACACCCUGGGCCCCUCUCCCGCUGUGACACGCAAGAGACAGUGACCAGCGCAACGCAGUGCAUGAUAUGCCAUCACAUGGGACCGAUGUGUGUAUGUCCGAAGCCGAACGGACAUACCAAUCCAGCGUACGGAGAUGCCCAGAUUCCGUUCAGCAUCCCGGCAUCUCCCACCCAGUUGCAGUCACCAUCAUCAGUAACCACACGUCACAGUUCAGUCAACAGCCAGGAGCCCUUGAUACAGCCAACCGGAGCGCAGAACGGUGGUUCGCGUCACUACUCAUCCAGUAAUGUGAUGCCCAAGCAGAGCGAAGCUCACAACUAUGACCUGGUCGAAGGCGGACCCGGAACCGUGGCUACUGACAACUCGUUUCGCAAUCCUAACUACGGCAUGCGCAUACCAGUCCAGUCUGCCUCGCAGGCUACAACGCCGCAGGGGCCGAAGAGCCCGGCCAUGCCAAACUACGCCAAUGUACCUGUUGACUCGCCGAACGAGUAUGCCAAUCAUACUCCGGGGCAUGCUGGCAUCACAGCCCACGGUGGUGGUGGUGCUAUCGUCGCCGGCCGGCAGAGAUCAAGAUCUGUGACCUCUCCCGGGUCGUCGCAAGACAUUCGUAUGGAUGCCAGUGGUUACCUUCUUGCAGAGGGUGGUGGCGGCGGCGGUGUUGGCGUUGGUCCGCUGCAUCCAAGGACCGCCAGCAAUGCCAGUGCGUUUGCCAUUCACAGGAGAGACGGUUCAUCGCAUAACUCGGUAACGUCACCAAUGUCCGAAUGUUCGCGUACGACUCAGAUCACAUCCGACGGCGAAGCGCCAUCCGUUUUCCGCUUUCAAGAUCACCCGAGCGCAGCAAUGCAUACUCCACAGGGUCAAGGAGUUAAGCCGCGCACAUCAUCUGCGCAUUCAUCACCGCUUGCCUCCCCUACCUCACCGCCAGGCCAGAUGGCAGGCCGGGCCGAUUCCGACGUGGUACGCAAGGACAGUGGGAUUGAAGCGGACGCAUCAUGUUAUUCGGUUGUGCCUGUUCCUGGCUUACCCGACGUCUUAUCUGGCAUGCCGCCUUCGGUCACGCAGCGUCUCGAUUUCUGCCAUCCGUCCGAGAUUCGUCGACCGCCGAGCGCCGAACCGGCCAAGAACAUGUCACCCAUACCCGAGCAAAUCUCACCCACUGGAGAUGUACUGGUAGCCACACACGGCGGCGGUGCGAGUAGCGGUGGAAGACGGCAUGGUGUGAACAGCCCGCCACCAACUGACUCGCUCCCACACCAGUAUGCGCACAUCAGCGAAAUCCUGCCGCCGCUUCAACACAACGCAGACAACCAACAAGAGGAAGAUGCAAAUGCUUUCAGCGUGAGCAGCGUGUAACGUGAUGGCUGAAGUGAUCUUCAAAAGUGCAACAUGUUCCUCCAAGAUCAGUACCGGUAUACAUAUUCAGAAAAAAACUCCAGAUACUUCUAGUUUGUCUAAACUUGAAACUGUCCACCUCCCUCUUGUCUAAACUUGAGUAGAAUAUGAAAAUGGAAAACUUGCUAUAUUUAUUUCCUCUGCUGAGAAGUCACGGUGGACAACGGCCAAGGUGGAAGCUAUCCAUUUCUAUCUCUUUUUCGGACUUGAUUAGCACUGGUGUUAGCUUGAUGGCGGUGCGUCACAAAGCUCAGUGUGCACCGUAGAGAGUGCAGCCCGUCAGUUUGUAUAUCCGUAGUCGUCAUACUCACUGCAUGGUUGGAUUGUGUUGUUGCCGUAACAACACACAAUGAGUGACACGAUGAGACCGUACAGCUGUUUGAGUUUUCACUGACAUCAUCACUAUGAUACAAAUGUAUUGUAAUUAUACUGCUAUAUUAGAGUCCAUCCCACAUUGACUACCGGGUCAUCCGGGUUUUUACUGUUCUUUUCUCUUGCAAACGUUUUUUGUGAGACAUCAGAGCCUGGAUAUUCCGAGUCUGGAUCAGGGAGUGGUUUGGGUAAAAAACACUCCCUGGCCCUAGUCUAGAUAUUCUGAGACUGAGUGAAGGCUAAAUAACUCUCUGCAGUGAUGCCACCAUGUGGCCACUGUACAUUUGCCCUGAUCACGUAGUGACCCCGCAGUUCAGAGAGGUUCUAGAUCAAGUCCCUGGUAGGUAGGGCAGCCUGCCGCAUGCACAUUGAGAAUACGUUACAUUUUCUGGCCACGGACCGUAGUAGGUCUGCUGUUGUGUUGAUGAGAAAAAGAUGGUGUCCCGAGCAGAAUUAUCCAGCAAUUCUAUCCCAUUGUAAUUUGUAUGUUUAUGUCGAUGCUGACGAAGCUUUUCGAGCCGAAUAUGCAGUAUUUCGGCAAGCUUUACAUGUAUGUGCAAACCCUC